GGGUGAGGGGAGGAGGAUGGUGGGGAUGUCAAGCUGAUGUUGACAGCUAGUAGAAGGCGCGUGGUCGAAAAACGUUCGUGAUUCAUCUCGCGCACGUGCUGUGGACGGGUCAUGCCGUUCGGUCGACCAACGCCGUCGCUCGUCGAGAUGCAGUGAUACGGAGGUAUGCGGUGGUGCUUCUCACGGACGGUCUUGGGUUAUUAGGCGCUCUCGGCUAUAACGCCACAUUAUACGUGUACAUACAUAUAUAUACACACGAGUGGUACCGCUUUCAACAUGGCGGUGCGGUCGGUGCAUUCGGCCCGUGUGCUUCUCCGCUCAUCAUGACUAAGUCGCGCCGUCCUGGCUAUCCGCGAUCUCGUCGUCUCCACGGCUCCAUGGCAUUCGCAGUUCCGCAAAUACGACGCCUGUGAUCAAACCGUGUCCGUCUGUCCGUCCGCUUCGCGGCCGAACGAGGUUACAAUUCCGAGAGGAAGAGAGAGAGAGAGAGAGACGUGUUCUGCAACGAGUCGAACGAACGAGCGAGCGAACACGCACGACUACCGCUGCUGAUUCGCCUGCCUUUGUGCGAUCGUUCAGUUUGUGAGCGGCUUAUUGAAGACUCUUCUCGGUGAAUGUGCCAGCCCGUCUGUUAGCCAUUUAACUACAUUUCGAAUACACUACUUCGUAAUAUAACAAAUUACCACCGUGAUGAGAGAGUUUAUACUACACUUUUCACAGCAACGGAACAACAACGGUCCGUUGAAUCGAAUGCAAUCCAAAGGCAACUAGGAGCUUGCACGAAACAAGAGAGUAAAGGAGUAGGUAGAUCAAUUAACGAAGCAAGAAUUUAUUAACGGAUUUGUCUUCGUCCUACAAAUAGUAAACCCAUGUACAAAGUCCCGUUUCUAUGAAUGAACCUGUCAAAGUGUGACUUGUCAAAUGACUCUGUGGAGUUUUUAUUAGCUUACACGCGAAGAAAUUUCACCGACAGGAACGGGUAGGUGUAGCAAUUAGCAAUAUCAGAAAUCAAAAUCUGGAGGGAGGGGGAAACACGACAAAAGUCCACAUCAGCACUCGAAGCUGGAUUCUUUCCUGCCUCCCGGCUUUAUCAUUGCUGAUUAAUCGAAGCUGACUCUUCCUCGUGGAGAGAAGUGGACUCAUCAGAGCAGAGCUCAGCAUUCUCAGCCUAGUUGUAACCGUCGUUGGACCGUAUAGCAGUUUAUUAUUAAAGUUAUUAUUCGCGCGUUUCCAGUUCCGAUUCAGUUUGACGUAAUCCCGGGGCGUGUUAUGGUGUAUGAUAGUGGUUCCGUAUUUAUCAGUUUCUACAUAGUUCGCCGAAGUUCCGUAAAUGAUUUAAGUAGAUGAAAUAGGCAGUUGGAAGUUUGAGGGAGAGAGAAAGGGAAGACGCGCGUUAAGAAGGCAGUUCCGACGUCUCGUGAGAAACUGGCUUACUUAGCACGGAACGAACGUUGUUCAAGAGUUAUAUAUUGCCAAUAUACGAUCGUUUCUCCUCAAUUUAAGACUAAGUGAUCGCAUCCAGCGUUGUUCUUACGUUCGUUCACGGGACGACUCCCCUCCUCUGUUAGACAAAUACUCAUUGUUCCUUGCAAGUUGCCUGAAUAUCGUAGGAUCGUCGUUGAAUAAGCUCUUUGAGAAUGGCCGAGACGCAGAGAAUGACGGUGUACGGGAGGCAUCCUCCGUGCGCGAGUGGCAGCAGGCUGGAGGAGCGCCGCGCCAAGAGAUUGGCGCUGCGGCACGAGAGAAAUCGGAAGCCGGACAAGCCGGACGACUUCGUGUGUUACGAGUCGAGCGACGACGAGGCGGAGACCGUGACUGAGGGCAAGCAGUUUCUGAGAACUUCCUUCAACUUCGUGGACUACGUGCGCGCCCGCGAAACUAACACGCGCGAAGUGCGGAAGAUCAAUCAGGAAUAUGGCUCCCGGCAUAUCUUGACGCACGACCUAUUCAAGGAGUACUCGGUCAGCCUGAACAACAUGAACAAAGUAUUCUGCUCGCAGUGGUUGAGUGAUAGACAAGUGGUGUUUGGCACCAAGUGCAACAAGCUCAUGGUGUACGACGUGGCGACGCAGAAGCUCGACCAGAUCCCGUCGCUCCACGGCCGGCAGCUCAGCCCGGGCGGCGGUGUCGUUCCUGAGCAGCAAUGCGGCAUCCACUCCGUUCAAAUCAAUCCCUCAAGAACCCUUUUAUCCACCGGUGCGAGGAGUAGUAACGAAAUAGCAAUAUACAGACUACCGACGCUGGAUCCGGUUUGCGUCGGCGAGACCGGUCACAGGGACUGGGUGUUCGACAUGUGUUGGUUGGACGACGAGUUUCUAGUAUCAGGUUCCAGAGACACGAAGAUGGCUCUGUGGCGUAUCGACAGCGACCUCGCCGAGGCUCCCGACAAAGCGGAUGUGCCUACGCACAGGUUGAUUCGGCCGGUCUGCGUGAAGGAGUGCAAGUCCGCUCAGAAAGUGCGGGCAUUGGCGUUCAACAAGGCGUACAAGGAGAUCGCGGCAUUGACGCUCAAUAGUUACAUACAUAUCUGGUCGGCCGAAUCGUUCAAGCAGAAGAUAUCUAGAAAACUGCCAGCCUGUCAAGAGAAUGUCUGUCUUGCCGUACAGGACGAUGGCGUCUACGCAAUUGGGUGCCGGUCGUACACUCUCCUUUUGGACGCACGUACUUUGCAGCCAAUCAAAAAGAUACCAUCCAGAUACAGCGGCUGCGGCAUCCGGUCCGCCAGUUUUCAAGGAUCUGUUUUAACCAUCGGGACCGGGUUGGGGAUGCUUAUGUUUUACGAUGUAAGGGCUCAGAAAUACUUGGAGUCCUCGAUCAACUCCAACAGGACUGUUGUGUUGAAGGCUUCGAAGGGAUACGUGUUUCCGGACGAGGAGUACAUAGAUGGUUUCCAAAACGUAAAAUACACCCCCGCUAUUUACACACACUGCUACGACGCAUCGGGUACCCGACUAUUCACCGCAGGUGGCCCAUUGCCCGCGAAUCUCUACGGCAACUACGCGGGAUUAUGGCAAUGAAGGUUCACCGCUAAACGAAAUAGUAUGAUAAUUGCUAAAUUAAAUUUAUUAUCUUGUAUGCGCGCGCUGUACGUUGUGAAAUGCUUGACCGUGUUAUCCGAGAAUUUGACUCGGAUACUACCAGUAUGUAUUUAAUAUUUCUUAUUAAUUUAACACAUGCAUAUAC